AUGUCUGACCCUCCUUCCUCUUCUGCUGUUUCUUUGCAGGCGUGUAUUGGCGGUUACUGGGCGUCCAGUCCCGUCUGUACGUGUCCUCUCUGUAAACGUGAGUUCGAUGAACGUCCUCAGCUCAGCGUCAACAAAGUCUUCGCUCUCAUCGCAGACAAAUACAAACUGGCUCGUUACGGAGCUGCAGGGUUACCGAUGCCGGUCAGGAACGGGACGUCGACGCUGGCGGGCGCCAUGACGCCCAACGCCGGCAGCACCAACCCGUUCCUGGCUGCGUGCGGUGAGGAGGUGGUGUGGUGUGACGUCUGUACAGGUGUUAAACAGCCCGCUAUCAGCUCCUGUCUCACCUGCACCGCCGCAUACUGCACGGAGCAUGUGCAGCCACAUAAGACCUCACCUUUCUAUGCCAAACACCCACUGAUGGACCCCCAGGAGGCCCUCAGGGGCCGCACAUGCUCACUACACCACCGCCUGCUGGAGGUGUACUGUCGGACAUGUCAGCACUGUAUUUGUGCCAUUUGUGUCCUGGAGGAACAUCGAACACACAAAACCGUCUCCGUUCAAACGGAGAGACUCUACAAACAGAAACAGGUAGCGAGGACGGAGCAGGAGAUCCUGAACCGGAUCAAAGAGAAAGAGAUUCAUGUGACUUCGCUGAAGAAGAGACUGGACGGAGUCAAAAACUACGCGGACGGCGAGCGAGGCGAGGUGGAACACCUCCUGGACGAGGUGUCCAGCUCACUGGACAGGAUCCGGUCUCAGGUGGUGGGCGGGAUCGAGAACCAACUGGAGGCUGUGAUGUCAAAGGGGGAGGGUCUAGUGAGCCGCCUGGAGGCGGAGCUUAGCCAGCUGAAGGAUGCGAGGGCCACGCUGGAGGUCCAGGCCAUCAGUCAGGAUCACAUCGGCUUCCUGCAGAGUUACGAGGAGGCCACAGCUCCUCUGGCUGAGGACCAGCAGGACGAGGUGGACGAGGACGAGGAGUUCUCGCUCCACUUCCAGCUGGGGGAGGUGAAGAGCGCUCUGACCGAGGUGAAGGACAAGGUGGAAGCCAUCAGGAUGGGGGAGGUUCGCUCCCGAGGCUCCAGAGGCUCGUUCUCUUCUGGGGAUCUGAUGAUGGCAGAGAGCAUGCUCAGUCUGAGAGAAAGCACCGCCAGUCUGAGGAAGAGUCAGUGGUCUCUGAGAGAUCUAAAGAAGAUCAAAUCGGUCUCAGGACACAAGAAGGCCCGAGUCUACAUGGAGGACGUGACGUUGAACCCGGUGACGGCGUAUCCCUUCCUGAUCCUGUCUGAGGACAGGAAGCAAGUGAAGCGAGGAGAGAAGCUGCAGUUCUACAGAAACAGUCAGCAACGCUUCGACGUCUGGUCCUGCGUCAGCGCUAAAGAGGGCUUCAGUGCCGGGCGCCACUACUGGGAGGUGUCCGUCGGGGAGAACAAGGACUGGAAGCUGGGCGUGGUCAGUGAGUCGGCUCAGAGGAAAGGUCUGUUCGACAUGAGUCCGUCUAACGGAUACUUCGCCAUCUGGUGGAGCGGCAGCCAUCUGCGGGCGCUCACUGUGCCACCUCUCACCAAGGUGAAGACUCCUCAGAAGCUGCGUCAGGUGGGCGUGUUCCUGGACAUGGACGAGGGUCAGGUGUCCUUCUACAACGUGAAGUCGGGCUCGGAGAUCUACAGCUUCACCAGAUCCUCCGAGUUCACCGAGAGGAUGUUUCCUCUGCUGGGAACCGGAGACAAAGAGGUCCCCCUGGUCCUCAUGACCACCCAGCACCACCUCGCCUGAGGGGACCGGACCGAGCAACAACGACGGAGACAGAACCUGGGAGGAAAUAACGGGGGAGGGAGCACUGGGACAUUAACGCCGGUUGGCGGCCAUGUUGGAAGCUCAGAAACGGCAGCAGAAAUACGAUGUAUGUGCAGAUUUUUCUGCUUCUGGUAACAAAUGUUGUGAAAUAAAUAAAUAUACAAAUAGAGUGAAAUUUAAAUAAUUGAAUUGUGUAAUAAUUAUAUAAAUUAUUCAAACUCCUGAUUAAAUGUAAUUGAAUCACAA